GUCUCUAGAUUUAUUUCCCCUGAAGAUUGAAGAUCCUUGGUCUUGUCCUUUCGGGAGAAGUAUAUAUGAUGAGUCGAAUUCGAGCAUUUUCGUCUCCUUCAGUAUUACCACCAUCUUCUUCCACAAGUCAGAUAGAAGUCCGGCCAGAAGAUCAUAGUUUUGAAGGCAUUGCUACCAAUGUUAAGUUACUAUUGAAGCUAAUCCAAGAUCAGAAUGAGGCAAAAGACAAUGAUGCCAGAAAGACACAAAGAGUGGCUGGAAUGAUAUCAAUAAUUGAUGAUGUGAAAUCCCGGAUUCAAAAAUCUCAAAAUGGGGGGAGAAAAGCCGAGCUGAGGCGCUGUAAUACAGAUCUUAAGCCACAUGCUCCUCCAAAGGACAAAAGGCCUCACGAGCCAAUAACUGAUGAGAAGGAGAAAUUGAGAAGAUCACUAAGUGCAAGCUUGGCAGCAAGAAAGAGCCUAGAAAUUAUGUGUUCAAGUUUGGGAAAGGAGAAGGAGAUUAUCGCAACUGAGCUUGCAAGGAAGGUUCAAGAAUUUCAUGGGAUGGAGGAACAUAUCAAUGAUCUUAGAGUGCAAAAUGAGAAGUUGUUGGCAAAAGUAAAAGCUUGUGCAGCAGAGCACAAAGAGAAUAAGUGUGGCGGUGAGGAAGAGAGUGAUACCUAUGGGAAUGCAGCGCUCCAGGAGCGGAACAAGGAACUUUCGGAGCAACUCCUUAAGUCCCUUGAUGGGUGUAGAUCCCUAAAGAGGAAGAUUAGAGCUGCACAUAAGGAAAAUGAUGCAAUAUAUUGA